UUCACAUCUUUCCUUAUUCAAAACGAAGACGCUUAAUGCACGCAUACGUGUUUAUAUUUUCUUAAACCCGGCGUCCAAGAAUGAACGCUGUUUGUAAAGCUCAUUUUCAGUCAUUGAACUAUUCACGGAAGUUAGUGGUUAAUCGGAUGAAACGUGAACCUACCAGAUUUGGUAGAAUCUCGAGCUUUAAUAACCAAGUAUUAUUAUUGCCUUCUAGUCAUAUGUCAUUCUCCAAAUUAAAUGUACCAAGUUCCGCCACUACUCGCCGUCUUCAUGUAUUAGCUGAUGAAGAUCGAUACGAUGUCUCAUCCACUGAAAUUCGAAGAGUUAUUAAAUCUCAUUUUGGUGGUUACCAAGAAGGAUUCACUUGUGUGACUGUCAACUGCCCAUCAUGCAACACACUAUCAUCCACCACCAAAGAGGCCAGCAACGACCUUGGCAAAUUGCACAUCAAUUUGAGAACAGGCUAUUCUUUCUGCACACGUUGCUUUCUGUCUGGACCUUGGUCUAGUUUAGCAUCAUACAUGAAAGCCCUAGGUGUAUCUAAACUAAAAUCUGAGAAGACAAAAACAUGUCCACCUAGCAUAACCCAACACCUGUCACAGUAUACUCCCACCACAGCAGAGACUAAUGAAAUGAGACGGCUUUGGAAUUCAGCACAGCCAAUCCAUUCUUUGUCAGAAGAGACCCUGGUCCCAUUUCUGGACAAAUUACGUCUCGGGGACGUAUCGAUGGAAACGCUGGAGAAAGUGGGUGCUAAAAUCAACCUGAAUCUCGAACAGCUCAUUCUUCCUUGUCUAACGUCGAAAGACGCCCCGUUUCACAGCAUAAAGAUAAUCACCCCUAAUCAUAAUCAAUUAGAAGCGAUUGAACCCGAUCCCGAUACAGAAUUGGAUGAUUAUUGCAGGGUAGAAGAGAAAAACAUCCCUAAACAACAUCCUUGGUUGCUGGGCUACCACCUAGCUAAAAAUAAAGAUGAAGUUAUUGUGACCGCGACGGCCGCUGAUACGCUGACCGCUCUGGACUGUUUGGCCGUUCCGGCCGUUUGUCUACCUUCUGGGAUAUCCAAUUUACCGCUAGCAACAUUGGCUUUCCUGGAAUCCUUCCGUAAAAUCACACUGUGGCUGGACAACGGUGUCCAAGGAGCCGAAAGUGCCCGUGUCUUUGCCAGGAAGCUGGGCGAAAAGCGUUGCCACUUUAUCAGAUCCUCAGAAGAGACACCAUCGGCUCUUCAAUGUCGGAUGAAAGGGAAAAAUGUGGCCCAGGUUCUCAAAACAGCUUUACCCAUGACGCACAAAUCGGUGACGACCUUCUCCAGUUUGAGGAAAGACGUUUAUGCUGAGAUCACGCAGAGCAGCACAGUGGCCGGAAUACGUUGGCGUCGUUUUCCCGCUCUUACCGAUCUGCUCAAGGGCCACCGUCGCGGUGAAUUGACGGUGUUCACCGGGCCGACGGGCGCUGGGAAAACGACGUUCCUCAGUGAGUACUCUCUCGAUUUGUGCAUCCAGGACGUGCGCACCCUUUGGGGCAGUUUUGAAAUCCGCAACGUCCGGCUGGCGAAAAUGAUGUUGCAACAGUUUUCCGGUUUGAUGUUGGAAAGCGAAACUCGUGAAAUGUUCAACGUCGUGGCCGACGAAUUUGAAAAAUUGCCAAUGUAUUUCCUGGCAUUCCACGGCCAGCAAGAUGUCACGUCUGUCCUGGAGGCCAUGUCGCACGCCGUGUACGUGCACGACAUUUCGCACGUCGUCAUCGACAAUUUGCAGUUCAUGAUGGGCACGAGUUCCAGUGAACAUUCGUCGAUGGACCGUUUCUACAAGCAGGACCAGAUUAUCGGGUCCUUCCGCCGCUUCGCCACCGACAACAACGUUCACAUCACUCUAGUCAUCCACCCGAGAAAGGAAGUGGACGAACUGUCGACCAGUUCCAUCUUCGGCGGAGCCAAAGCAUCGCAGGAGGCCGACAACAUAUUGAUACUUCAGGAUAAACGCACGCACGACCCGACCUGUCGCCGUAAAUACCUCGAGGUAGCCAAGAACCGAUACACGGGCGAUUUGGGGGUGAUGCCGUUAGAAUUCCACAAGGAGUCGCUGAGCUUCGCCCCGCGCAAUAAGAGAAGCGCGUCCACCAAAGUGACAGCAGCAGCAACAACGGCAGCCGCCAACAAAGUCAGCCCAUUUACCUCGUCAGCCUUGCAGUCCGGACGAGGUCGAGCGCAGUAGUUGACGAUUUACUACUAUAAAACUGGUCUUGUACAGUAUUUUUCUUUUUUAUGUAUAUACAUAUAGCUGAAAAGAAUCAUUUUUUUUUUUUUAAUUUCUUUUGUAACAAUUGAUUUUCUUCAAAAUUAGAUGCGCGUUGGUGACGGUCAGAAAAUCCAGAAACGAGUUUUUGUUUUAAAUUAUUCAUAUUUAAUUUUGGAAACAGAAAAAAAAAAAAAAUUCAGGUCGAAAGACGAUAAAAGAGAAGAGACUUUCUCCUUUGGUAUUUUCGUUGUUUCACUCUGUGCAUUUUGUUUGACUGUAUAUGGGAUUCCUAGCGACCGUUGCCGUCUUGUGUGGAGAUUUUCAAAGGGACUCCACUUCCAGCAAAACCAACACAACACAAUUUGCGUUGGGUGUUGUCUGUCUCUUUUUUUUUUUUAUUAUUAUUUUUUUUUUUUUUUUGCACGGCCAAUCUCUUCUCUCUUUUCGUCUAUAGAUUAUAACCCCUUUGAAUUACACACACAGACAGUGUGUAGUGUGUCUGUGAGGCUAUAUAGCAACAACAGUAUUUCUUCUUUUACACACUGGUGUAUCCUAUCCCCCAAGCCGCCGCCCCACUGUCUCGUCUUUCUCUUUUCUUUUUCAGGUGUCUAUAGCUUUUUUUGUGUGU